AUGGACAACUCACCGACGGCUCUGUUCGACUCUUAUGAACAGGACUUCCAACAAAUCAUCCAGAGUAUCAGGGACAAAACCGAUGGAGACGCAAAGGGGGAGCAGGCAGAGCAGCGCAAGGCUGCUUUGCGCAGGGUCGAGAUGGAACUAGACGAGGCAGACGAAAUGGUGUCGCAAAUGGAGAUAGAGAUCCAAGGAAUUCCACAGUCCAUAAAGCCGUCCUACCAAACUCGCAUCAAGUCUGCAAAGGCCGAACUGCAGAGAUACAAGAAACUCUCAAAGGACCUGCAUGCGCAGUUCUCGCGCGCGGACCUCUUGGGUUCGGCGACGCGCCCUGGCAUGGAGGGGUCGCUUUCGGAUGAUCCGUAUGGCACGUCCACUGACAGAACGCGGCUGCUUGCUGGCAAUUCUAUCUUAGAGGACGGGACGCGUAGGCUUCAGGAAAGUCAGCGAAUCGCGCUCGAGACAGAGGAGCAGGGCACAGAUAUUCUGCGGAGUCUUCGGGUGCAACGGGAACAGAUUCAGAACUCACGGGAUACGCUGCAACGCGCCGACACGUCAAUUGACCGCGCUUCGGGUACGCUGAAGAAGAUGAUUAGACGGAUGUACCAACAGCGCAUAGUCACCGGGGCGAUUAUACUUGUGCUCGUCUUAUUGAUUGCCAUCAUUCUCUGGGCGAAGUUAUGGCGUUCAUGA